AUGCUUCGCCGCAAUUUUGUAUGGCCAUUUCUAGCUCUGGCUAGCACUGUCUGGACACAUCCGUCCUUGACAGAAGUCCAGACUACAACCCCGGAAAUUAGCAUUACUCAAGUAAAUUCAUCCACGAGAUGGGUUGAAGGCAGGCCUGAUGUACAGCUCUUUGACAUCGUGCUCAACAACACGGGCACCGAGAGCUGGUUGACAACUAGUGACAACCUGCAUGUCUGGGUUGAGUCCGAAAACCUUCAAACAGUUCAACCCGCAAAGGUGAAACGGAUCCGCCCCGGCGAUUCUGUAAUUGUUCAAGUCAGCGUCCAAAAUAACAAGGGCGUGCCGCAAGGGUCGACAGGACCUGCGACAGCAGUAGCUCAUUGGGGCAAGAAUGCUUCAACCUCCCUCUCUAUCACGGCUAGGUACGGUAUGCCCACGUACAAUGCCACUGCGGCAUCGGUGGAUCAGCACGAAUCACCAGAUUGGUUCCGAGAUGCGAAAUAUGGCAUCUUCAUCCACUGGGGUUUGUAUUCCGUGCCUGCAUGGGGCGGUGUUGGUAAGAACGAGAACUACGCAGAGUGGUAUUGGUCGAGUCAGAUGAGCCCGGAUGAUCCCACCAGGACUUACCAAUACCAUCUCAAAAAUUACGGCCCAAAGUUCCUAUACGACGACUUCAUGGCAAACUUUACCGCGGAGAAGUUUAAACCUAAGGACUGGGUUGACUUGAUCGCUGAUGCUGGGGCCAAGUAUCUGGUCCCAGUCACCAAACACCAUGAUGGAUAUGCUUUGUUCGAUAUGCCCGAGACCGUUUCGAAGCGGAACUCGGUGAAGCAAUCUCCUCAUCGGGAUUUCCUCAGGGAGAUCUUCGAUGCAGCGAAAACAUAUCAACCGACCUUGCGGAGAGGAACAUAUUUCAGCAUGCCUGAAUGGUUCAACCCGGCUUUUUCAAAUUACACCUGGCUAGAUGCGUUUGGAGUCGUCCCUUAUACGGGCUUCGUCCCAGUCGAGGAUUUCAUCCCAGAUAUUCAAUUCCCGCAAAUGCAAAUCCUUGCCUACGAAUACGAAACCGAUAUCAUGUGGUGCGACAUUACCAUGCCUACCAGCAGACUAUCCCCCAAAUUUGCCUCUGAAUGGAUCAAUCGCGAGUACGCCAACAACCGCCAGGUUACAGUCAACAGCCGAUGUGGAGUCAUAGUAGGGGAUUUCGAUACUUCAGCCGAGUAUGCAAGCACCAUUCCGCUUUCCACGCGUCACUUCGAAGCCACUCGAGGACUGGAUCCGCACUCCUUUGGGUAUAACGCGGCUACGCCAGACUCGGCAUAUCUGAAUGCCAGCGGGAUUGUCACUACAUUAAUCGAUACCGUUUCUAAGAAUGGCAACCUGCUUCUGGAUAUUGGACCUAAAGGUGACGGUUCAAUUCCGGAUAUUAUGCAAACCAAUCUUCGCGAGGCUGGAGUUUGGAUCAAAGCCCACGAAGAAAGUAUUUUCGGGACCAAGUAUUGGCCGAAUGGCUUUGGACAAGGCGAUUUCCGAUACACGACCACGAACGAUGCAUUUUAUAUUCAUAUUUUCAGUCAACCGGGCAGUGGCACCGUUGUUCCGGAUCUGGUUCCGUAUCUGGAUGGUGACAGGGUUACUGUUGUGGGUGGCUCAAUGCACAGCACUGUUAUUGAUGCAAAGACCAAUGAUGAUGGUCACCUCGUUCUUGAUGUUCCGAGUGAGGUGGCCAUGGCUGAUAAGUAUACGUGGACGUUUAAGAUUGAAUAUUGA